AUGGACGCCAGCGAGAACAGCGAUGACUCUGCGAUUGCGCAAACAGACAUUGCUACAGAUGGCGACGUCAUCUUCGUAGUCGGCCCACAGAAAAAGAAGAUGCGAGUCUGUUCCGUCAUUCUCAGUAACGCAUCAGCAUGUUUCAGGACCAUGUUCGGACCGAAAUUUGCUGAAGGGAAGAAUCUAAAGAGCAACGACCCCAAAGAGAUUCCAAUGAGAGACGACGAUGCAGACGCCCUAGAGAUCCUCUGCAACGUUAUUCAUCUCCGGAACGAUGCAGUGCCACAGUCCCUGAGUCCCACCGAUGUUUUUGGGGUUGCUGUUGCUGCCGAUAAAUUCGGCUGCGCUGUUGCCCUGAAAUACGCCAGCACGGUUUGGCUGAAUCCUAAGGCUGUGAAGGAAAUCUCAGACCUGUGUUAUCUUAUGAUUGCUGCCUAUAUACUCGACAACCCACAGGCUUUUAGCGAUAUUACACUCGCGAUGAUAUUCAGUCAUGUCGGAUCCUACCUCUCGCUCGCUGAUCAGAUCAUCGAUCAGCUUGACUAUAUGCCAUGGAAAGUUUUCUAUCUACUAGAAGAGCAACGAAACCUGAUACGCAUUGAGUUGCAGCAAUUAUUGUUCCAGGGAUCGUUCUAUGCUGGAACGGACGAUAGGAGGUGCACUUGCGGGUGGGGAAGUUGUCAUAACCUUGCAUACAAUGAGCUUCUUCGAGAACGCCACCUUGAGCCGUCGCAGAUAUCUACUGGCAAGGUAUCACAAGUCCUUCAGCAAUUGGAAGAGAUGCCCGACCCAACCAUGCCUUACGAAUGGGAACCCUGUGAUUACAGGUACCAUAAGAAACCUAGGUAUAGAGAAUCGCGUGCUUUGAGGCUACGUGAAAUCCAGGAAGGAAACGGCCUUUGUAUCGACUGCUUCCGGUCAAGCACCACAGCUGAGGAUCAAGUUCACAGAAUCAAGCAUUGA